AGGUGUUACUGUGAAGUUUCCUGCUAAACCAACGGGAGGACUGAAGGGGAAGGAAGUGGGGGACCGCCCAUGGUAGCCUGCGACUCUACCAGCUCAUGCUGCAUAGCUUUUUGUGCAGGAUGGGCUGUUAUGUCAUGGAAAUAUGACCUCUCAGUCAUCACAGGAUUAUGUUUCUUCAGAUCCCCCAAGCUUGCUGAUAAAAGUCUCUUGAGUGUGGAUGGCUUCAUUUUGGCUUUAGAAAGACCAUCUCUUGGAGAACUGGCAUCAGCAUUAGUACAUGUGAUACUUUUAAUGCAGGAAAAGCUAGCUGGUAAGCUUUCAAGAAGAAAAUACGGUGAGGAUAAGAUGUUGAAAGGAGCAGGCUGAGCAAUCAAGGUCAUCGCAAAGACUACAAACCAAAGAGGAAGCCUAACAGAAGGACCCCAACCCUAUAGCAGUCAAGUACUUCAAACUGUGUAUGCAACAUUGCAGUAAUGGUCCAAAACAUGAACCAUGAAGAGACCUGCAGCACCAUCACCAAUAAUACCAUAGAUUUAACUCAAGCAAUUAUUUAUGUACCUGUUUUCUUUACUGGACUCAUCCUAAAUGCAUUGGCCUUAAGGGUAUUCUGCUGCAAACUAAACAAAUGGACUGAAACCAGAAUAUAUAUGACCAAUUUAGCUAUUGCAGACUGCUUCUUCAUCUUCACUUUGCCUUUCAUGUUAAUUUAUAAGUCAGGAAGUGUGGAUACAGUAUGUUUAGUCUUGGAAUCUUCAUACUUUAUUAAUCGGUACAUGAGCAUCUUCCUUAUCACCAUCACGGCAAUUGAUCGAUACAUUGCCAUAACAUAUCCCCUCAAAGCAAAGAAUGUAAGAUCUCCUGUGAAGUCAGCUAUUGUCUGUGGACUUCUUUGGAUUUUAAUAAUAACUAUUCUAUGUGCAACUAAAAUGGUGGACCAACGAGAGACAGGAAGCAUUUGCUUUAAAAAGGUUUCCAGAGCACCAUCAUGGAAUAUUUUUGCAGCUGUCAUUUGGGGAUUUUUAAUACCUUUAACCUUCUUGAGCUUCUGUUCCAUUCAAACUGUAAAAAAACUCAGGAGAAAGAAAAACAUCCAGCCACAUGAAGAAAAGCUAAUUCAGAAAGCAAUCAACAUAAUUAUUGCAAAUAUGGCUGUGUUCAUCAUAUGUUUUUUACCCAUUCAUCUUGCAUACUUAAUUCGGUUCAUAGCCGAUGCCAAACAAGUCAGCUGUACUACAACAGAAAAAAUUGACAUCUUUGUAAACCUUGCAGGAAUUCUCGCCAACACCAACUGCUGCCUUGAUGUCAUUUGCUAUUAUUUUGUAAACAAGGAAUUUCAGGAGGCUUCCAUGGAACUAACAACUAAAUAUGUAUCACAUAAAAAUCAAAGCUCCGCAAAUGAAGUUUCUGAAAUUAUUUAGUACAGCAGUGCAUGAGAACUACUCUUCAACCACUGUUUUUCUUUCUCUCUCCUAAAGUGAUGGGACAAUUUCCCUACAAUGCUGCCUCUAUAGCUCUUUGCUCUUUGUUCCUGGCUUAGUACCAUCAACCGACUUUAAUGGUAACCUGGUUACAUUACAAGCCUAAUAAAAUACAAGACUCAGUGUUCAUUCUAAGCAACUUGCCUUACUGGUUAAGACCAUCUAGCUCCUUUCCCCCACAUGGCUGCCUCUGGAAGUUCACCCUGCUGCUUUUGAUUACAUUGGCUAGUUGCUUCUCAUGUUACUGAACUUUAGCAGCUGCUUUUGGGAUAACAUGGACAGACUUUUUAUCUGUCUCUGACCUGAUUCUGUUGCUGGGUUGCUGUUUAUAGUACUUGACUGAUGCCUGGGCUUCUCUUCUCUUCUCUGCUGACAGAUGGCUUACUUGUGAUCCCUGAAACUUGACCCAUUGGACUUGGCUCUUGGUAGAACUUCAGUACAGAUUACCAGCUUACCAGCUUGUAAUGUUCCUAUCACAUUUUUGCUUGAUUAUCUUGUACUCAUGAAAAUGUGGUGUAUAUAUUUCUGAGCCUUGAAUUUUAGUGAUAAAGCUCGUGGUACUUAAUGUGGCUUUCACAUUUGGUAAAUUGGUAAUCUCUGUUGGCAUUCCAUUGCAAGUAAGAUAUGAGUGAAAAUGGUAUUUCCCAGAAGCUCACAGGUAGAGUCGCCCUUCAAAGCAGUUUAUCUUCUUUGCUUUUCCUCCCUAAUUUUCAGAUUUUCACUUUAAGAUUUCAAGUUUAUAUUCCAAACCUUUUAACACAUUUUGAAUUUUUAAAUAAUUUUUUGCAGUUUUGAGAAGUAGGUAUGCCUUUUGAUAUAUAAAUAAAACUCACAAUCUACUUUUUGAUUAUUUGGAUCACUGGCUGUUUAUUGCAGGAAAUCACUGGGCAGAAACUGAAAGUUUCAGGGUGAAAAUUUGUUCCAAUCCCAAGCUAAAUUUAAUAACAGCAUGGUCACUCUGCUAGAGCAUGUAAGAUUUGUUUACAGCAAAAACUGUAGUUGCACCUCUGAAGUUUACUAUUCAUAUAUGCAUAAUGUGGCUGAGUCAGUUGUUUCUGUCUAUAUAUGAUGAAUCUUGACUUUUAAUGGGAGGCAAAUUAUACAGCAGAAAUGGCUUUAUAGGCUUAAGGCAACUGUGCCUGACCUCAAAAGUUCUCAGCAAGCGUACUUUCAGCUGACUGGGGGCAAAAAAUGGCUCCCCCAUAACUGGGAGCACUUUUUACUGACUAUCUUUGUUUUUUGAGGGGCCAGCAAAAUCCAUCUCUCCUUGUGCAAGGGAGCUUUCCCUUAGUAGCUGCAGGAGUGCUUUCAUUCUAACUGUACUAUCCUGCUGCCAUAAACAGUGAUGACAGCAACAGAGCUCCCCUCUUGGUAGCCUGUCAACCAGUUGUUGGAAUGCCUUGGAUAGUCCCUUUUCCACAGCACUGUGGGAAAAAUUCUGGCCACUCCUUCUGCCAGAAAAUUGUCUCCCACUGGCAAGCACAAUUUCUCCCUCCUUCUCAACAAUGAGCCAGACCGUGGCUGUAUCCAGGCAUUCUGAGGAAAACAAUGACAGUUCAACAGUGCCUUGCCAAAGAAGAGCUUUGCUUUUGCUGCUACCGCCUCUGAUGGAAGCAAAAUGCUAGAAAUUAAAAGUUAAAGUUUGCUGUUAUUGCUCAAGGAUUCCUCUCACCACCACACCCCCCACACACAAAUAUAAUGGCAAUGAAUUGCCACCUCCCUGAAAAAUUGGCAAGAUGUGGGUCAUUAAAGACCAGUCCUAAAAGCAAUGGAAUCUGUAUUUUGAAAGGCAGAUAAAGCAAACCAUACAAGUCACAUCUUGUAGUGGCUUCAUAGCCCAAUGAAAUACCCCACAGAAAGCCUGCUGGGUUGGGACAUGGUUGCCAUGGCUUAGUGUGCCAUGCAAACCCAGUUAUAAUGUUGAUCAUUUAAUCAUUCACAUAGUCUUUCCAGUCAAUCACUCAGUGAGCUAAGCACCAUUUUGGAAAGAUAGGAAACUGCCUAUAGUUCAAAUUGGACUAUUGGCCCAUUUAACAUUGGGGUGGGGAACUCUUUAGUUCCUGGAUUUCCUCCACUCACAAAGUCAUAUCACAGGUCAGAUGCCAUCAGGAGCAGGAUCCACCUGGGCUUCAUGUGAUUGGCUGUGUAUCCAUUAAUUUUGUUAUUAAAUAAUUUUAUGGAACAAAUUAUAUGUAUGACUAGAAACAGAACAGUUCUGAAGAAAAAUAUUGUCUUGCACUAUUCUCCCAUUCAGAUGAUGAGUGGAUUUUUCCUUCAGUAAAUUGUUGUUUGGCCUGAGUUGUUAAAAGGUAGGGUUACCUUGAAAUGGAAGCACAGUCCUGAAAAUAGAAUUCUAAAUUUCCCACACGAUGUUAUUAAAAAUUGGGUUUAUUUUGAGUGAAAAAGAAAACUUUUAGUAGCAUGUAUAUUUUAGAGAUGCCAUCAAGUUGGGAUUUGUGGGGAGAAGUCUCAAAGCAGAAUGAACAAGAGUGCCCCAAAGGCAUUAGGGCUGGCCUCUAAGUACUUGGAAAGGAAGUAUUGCAUUAAGAACAUUAACCCUGAAAUUUUUUAACUGCAUCCACUGUGCUGUAAACACAAAAAGAGUAGAGAAUGACUCCUUAGUCUUCACAGGGGAAACAUUAGCAGCAUCUAGAAAAAUACAGAACACAAAAGACACUAUUUGUAAGUAAGUGCAUGUGUUAAGGUGCAUUUUAGCAAGUAGAUGAUCUGUAAAAUAAGCACACCAGCCCUAAUCUUGAGUAUCUCAUUGGAAAACUGCAAUUUGGUUGGAGCCUUACUUUUUACAUUUCUGAAUAACUGUUAAACCAACAUCUUCAGAGAGAAGACAGGACCACCACUGUUGACAAACAGAAGUAUUUGAUAUGUGCAACCAUAAUGAUGUAAAGUUAUGAAGCACAUGAUUCAUUUUAUAAAUUAGAGCAAAGGCCACAUGAAAUAUGGCCCACUGAAGUAUAUAUUGGUUCUUAGAUUUUGAUUUCUCUGUUUACAUAAGACCUGCUCCAGGUUCCAUUUAUAAAUAAAUGCAUUAGGAACCUGAAAAGUUGUAUUUUCUUUUAUCUUUAGCUACCAACAUCUGUCUAUAUUUGGACACACCCAAGCUGCAAAAGAGGGACUUUUUUAUAAUUCUCACAGUUGGGCACUUUGGUCUGGCUGCUUCCCUCUAGAAAGAGGAAAUACAAUACAUAUGCGGCUGAUUGUUUCACAUCUACCUCUUUUCCCACGAAGGCUUUACACAGUAAUGAAUCAUGAAAAGUGCACUGCUCUGCAAGCAAGGGGAAAUAAAAAACCAAAACCCAUCAGAAGCUUCACCAAGUUUAGAUCCAUUUCCUAGAUCCUUAAACUUGUGUCCAUGCAACACUUAUUCUAAAAAGUAUCCAAAUAUAUUUAUUGGAAGCUUUUUUAUAUAAACUGCCCUGGCCAUUAUGCAAACUAAACUGGCCAUUUUGUUAAACUUGAAGUGGUUGAUACCCACAGAACAAUAUAACACUGAAGAUGCUAAUCUAACAAUUAUUCCAGAAAUGUAAUACAGUAAGACUUGUUUGUUUGCCUGUUAAAAUGUACAUUUAAUAGAUUAGAUGUACUUGAAUUAGAUCUUAUGUGGAAAAAAAUAACAUUUAUUUUUCUCUUCUUUCUGUCAAGCUUAAUUUUCAAUUGUCCUAAGAACAAGAUUGUUGCUCUAGAUAUUGUGGAUGAUAUUCUGGAUUAUAUAAUUUGACUUCAUGAGUGACUGGCUUUUGCAUGUAGCAUUAAAAUGUAUCCGUAUGGAAAAUGUCCUGUUCAUCUCCUUUAAAAUCCUCACAUCUCAAAGAGGCAAUUAAGCCUUCAUUAAAAUGUAAGCAGCACCCUUGGUUCUAGUUGUGAGAAACUUUCCUCAGUAUGAGAAUCAGAAAUUUGGACAGCACAACAAAUAAUUUCCAAUUUGGACAGCACAACAAAUAAUUGUGAUGCUGAGAAGCCACAGAACAGAAUAUUGUUUGUAUUUGUUGUUUAUCAAACUCCAACGUACCAUGCAUAAAUACCAUGACAGGGUUCAGACAACA